GGCGGAUCGGUGUAUUGGGAAUACGGGGGGCGUGCCGAGGGUGGGGUUUCGGGGGCUGUGUUUGGAGGAUGGGCCUUUGGGGGUGAGGUAUACACAGAAUAACUCGGCUUUUCCGGCUGGCAUCAAUGUUGCUGCCACCUUCAGCCGCCGGUUGAUGCGUUUGAGGGGUGAGGCCAUCGGCGCCGAGUUCAGGGGAAAGGGCAUCGAUGUCAUGCUGGGGCCGGCGUCGGGGCCGCUGGGGAGAGUGCCGCAGGGCGGGCGGAACUGGGAAGGCUUUGGUCCCGAUCCCUACCUCGCUGGUGUGGCUAUGGCCGAGUCCAUCCAGGGCAUCCAGAGCCGUGGUGUGGUGGCCUGUGCGAAACACUACAUUCUCAACGAGCAGGAGCACUACCGAGGGGUUAUCGACGUGAGAAUCGAUGACCGGACCAUGCACGAGUUGUAUCUAUGGCCGUUUGCCGACGCUGUCAGGGCUGGAGUCGGCUCUGUCAUGUGCUCGUACAACAAGAUCAACGGGACAUAUGCAUGCGAGAACGAGUGGACGACCAACUACCUCCUCAAGAACGAGCUAGCCUUUCAAGGGUUUGUGAUGUCUGACUGGGGAGCUCAACACACCACCCUCGGCUCAGCACUCGGUGGUCUUGACAUGGCCAUGCCCGGUGACGGCGGCCCGCAGCCGUACGGGGCAUUAUGGGGAGGUGCUCUCACCGAAGCAGUCCUGAAGGGCGACGUGCCUCAGUGGCGGCUCGAUGACAUGGCGGUCCGCAUCAUGGCCGCCUACUUCAAAGUACACACCGGCAACUACACCUCCCGCCCGGACAUCAACUUCUCCGCCUGGACCAACCAGACCACCGGCCCCUUACACCCCUCCUCCAACCAGUCCAUCACCGUGGUCAACGAGUUCGUCGACGUCCAGGCCGACCACGCCUCCCUGAUCCGCGAAAUCGGCGCCAAAUCCAUCGUCCUCCUCAAGAACACCAACAACAUCCUCCCGCUCUCCAAACCCGCCAGCAUCGCCGUCAUCGGCGACGACGCCCAAGACCCACCGGGCGGCCCCAACGCCUGCCCCGACCGCGGCUGCUUCAGCGGCACCAUCGCCAUGGGCUACGGCUCCGGCACCGCCGACUUCCCCUACCUAAUCUCCCCCGCCACCGCGCUCCUGCACCAAUCCCGCCUCGACAACACCACCUUCCACAACACCACCUCCAACUGGGACCUGCCCACGGCCCAACACCUCGCCAGCACCGCCUCUGUCGCCAUCGUCUUCGCCGCCGCCACCUCGGGCGAGAACUACCUCACGGUCGAGACCAACGCCGGCGACCGCAACAACCUGACGCUCUGGGGCAACGGCGACGCCCUCAUCGCCGCCGUGGCGCGCGCCAACCCCAACACCGUCGUCGUCCUGCACACCCCGGGCCCCGUGCUCCUCGACGCCGUCGCCCAGAACCCCAACGUCUCCGCCAUCCUGUGGGCCGGGUUCCCGGGCCAGGAGUCCGGGAAUGCGCUCGUGGAUGUGCUGUACGGGCGGGUGGCGCCGCAGGGGCGCAGUCCGUUUACGUGGGGCAGGACGGCGGAGGAUUAUGGGGUGGAGCUGCUGGUGGAGGCGGAGGAUCCGCGGAGGCCGGUGCAGGUGUUUGGGGAGGGGGUGUUUGUGGAUUAUCGGUGGUUUCAGAGGGGGGUGGGUGGGGUGGUGUAUCCGUUUGGGUUUGGGUUGGGGUAUACAAGGUUUGGGUAUGCGAAUUUGACGGUGGAGGUUGUGGGGGAUGGGGGGGUGUUGGAGCCCGCGGAGGGGGUGACGGGGCCGGCGCCGGUGGUUGGGGUGGUGGAGGAGGAGCUGGCGGCGCAUGUGGUUCCGGAGGGGUUCGGGAGGAUAUCGCCGUAUGUGUAUUCGUGGUUGAAUAAUAGUGAGGGGUUUGUUGCUGGGGGCGCUGGGAAUAUCAGCGACUUUCCGGCGGCGGCGAGGAACGGAUCGGCUCAGCCUGUCCUGCCCGCUUCAGGGGCGUCGGGGGGUCACCCGGGGCUCUAUGAGGUGUUGUACACGCUUACCGCGCGCAUCACAAACGAGGGCGAGGUGAAGGGGACGGAGAUACCGCAGCUGUAUGUCCAACUCGGGGGCGAAGACAACCCCUGGGGCAUCCUCCGCGGCUUUGACGAAGUUGAGCUGGAGCCAGGAGAGACCAAGACCGUCACGUUCAACCUGACACGGAGGGACGUUAGCAACUGGAACACGGCUACACAGAACUGGGAGAUCACCGACAGGGAAAAGGUCGUCUUCGUCGGCUCCAACGUGCGGGACAUCCAUCUCAACUCGUCGCUUCCAGCACCGGCAGGGAUGACAUUCAAGCACGGCCGAGGGUUAUUUGGUGGCACCAUCAACUAA